GGGCAUUUCCGUGUAACACCGGAAGUGGAAGGAAUGUCAUUCUAUUGCAGGGCAAACACGAGACUGUUAUGUCUGCUUCAAUGCUGCGAUCGGGCUAAAUGAAUGAGCUGUAGUUGUGUUGUCUGAUAAUUAUUAGUAAUAAAGAUGACAGCACUGACGUGUAGGUUUAUCAGACUUGCUGAUGGUUUGCUAAGAGGAGCGCCAGUAGCCGUUUGCCGAGCUGGAGCAGCGCUGCAGAGCAGAGCUCCUGUCAUUCAGUGUGUAAGAACACAUCGGACAAACACAUGGUGGGAUGAGCACCUCACAGAAGAUAAUACUUCCUUUCUGAAGAAGGUCGUUACGGAGGAAUAUAAACAACAAACCACAGACAAACUCAACCCUCUCAAGGAUGAGCCCUGGCCCAGACAUGAGUGGGUUGAAGGGAGCCAGAGAGUCGGUCUUGUGGCUGUUAAACUCGGAAUGAUGCCUGUGUGGACAAAAUCAGGAGAGAGACACGUAGUGACUAUGCUGCAGGUGCAGGACUGUCAUGUCGUCAAACAUCUCUCCAAGGAAGAAUUUAAUGGGCACACAGCGGCUAUGAUUGUGGGUGGAAAGAAUGUUUCUCCAUUUCAUAGGCCAGAGGGAUAUUUAGAGAUUUUCCGGAAUGCUGGAGUUCCUCCCAAACAGAAGCUCACCACGUUUUGUGUGUCCGAUAACGCUAUCAUCAAACCAGGCACUCCUCUCUAUGCAGCUCACUUCCGUCCAGGACAGUAUGUGGAUGUCACAGCAAAAACAAUUGGCAAAGGUUUUCAAGGAGUGAUGAAGCGCUGGGGGUUCAAAGGUCAGCCAGCAUCCCAUGGACAAACUAAAACACACAGGAGACCAGGCUCUCUGGGGCCCGGAGGGGAUCCAGCAAAAGUUUUUAAAGGAAAAAAGAUGCCAGGCAGGAUGGGAAACAUUUAUAACACCACUCAUGGCCUGAAGGUAUGGAGGGUCAACACCAAGUAUAACAUCCUCUACAUUAACGGUUCUGUACCGGGUCACCGCAACUGUCUUGUUAAGGUCAGGGACUCGAUUCUGCCCACUCGGUUGGAGAACAACAAGAACCCGCCGUUCCCCACGUUCUUUGCUGAUGGAGACGAAGAGAUCCCUGAAGACCUCUACGAUCAGGACAUGUUCCAGUUCGGGGAGCCCAUGCCUGAAUGAGGUUGUGACCCCACAAUUCCUGUUUAUGCUGGUAAAAGACAUUGGGCAUGACAUGACCCUUGAUCGGGGUCUUUUCGAUUCAGCAUUGCUGUGCUGAAACACUUAAAGAAGUGUCAAGUAAACACAUAAAUACAGGUUCAGGUAGAGUCUAAACUCAUACUUCUUCUGUAUAACAAUGGAAUCAGUUUGAAGCGUCAAAUGCUUGUGUAUUUAAACAAUAAAACCUGUUUGAUUAUAA